GGACGGAGAAGCCUGGUAGGCUACAGUCCACGGGGUCGCAGAGUCGGACACGACUGAGCGACUUCACUAUACUAUCACUAUGAGGUGACAUUCUAGAAGGGUGGAGAAGGUAGGGCAGGAGGCAGAUGACUGUUCCCUCACAAAUAGGGGCUUUGGGGCAGCCAUGUCCUAUUUCAUGUCUCCACAGACUCAGCCAGGUCUUCCGUCUUCUGGCCAAGGUGAGGGGGCUCUUGGAACUGGGGGGUGUACAACUUCCUGAAAACCUGAGUCCUGCUCUGGGGAGGUGGUGGUUCUGCUUGCUGGGCAUUUUUGGGCUUGCCCUGGAGUCAGUUCUCUUUGAAGAAAGCCAUUCCCAAAGUCCUUGCCAGGAGCCACCCAGUUAUUCAUUCAUUCAUUCAACAAACAAGGCUCCAUCACCUACCUGCAUUAGGGACUGAUUUGGGGUGUGGAUAUGAGUAAAACCCAGUUCCCAACCACCAGACCGCCCUCUUGGGCAGGUCUUAAUUGCUCCUGAUCCCAGUGCUUUGCUACUAUGCCCUGCCCCUCAGGGCCUCCUCCUCCGAGACCAAGAAUAACACUCCAUCCCAUUCCUGUCUCUGCAGGUGGGGCUGCUUCUCUGGGCUCAUCUCUUGGCCUCUAUAGUCCUAUAGAGCCAGGGGUUGUAGCCUCUGGCGGACAAGGCCCACUGAGCCAGAAAGCUGAGCAGGUGACACCUGUUGCCCAGGCCUGGGGCCCGGCCCCUGGGGGCACUGGCUGGGAGCCACCGAGGCAGGAGUACAACUGGUACUGCCACAAAUUCCCCGCCGCAAGGCAGCCGGAGAACCUGGGCCGGGAGGAUGGCUGCUCCAGAAGCAGAGCCCCCCAGCCGGGCGGCCCCAGCAGGCCUGCGCCUCUGCUGCUGCGUGGGCUGUCACCUGGGGCUCCGCCGAUGCCCGACGACGCAGGGGGGAAGGAGGCCAACUCCCAGCCCGACAUCUGCAUCCUGACUUUGGCCAUGAUGAUCGCUGGCAUCCCUACUGUGCCCGUCCCGGGCCUGCGGGAGGAGGACCUGAUCCGGGCGGCUCAAGCUUUCAUGAUGGCCCAUCCGGAGCCGGAGGGGGCUGUGGAGGGGGCCCAGUGGGUGCAGGCACAGACCCACACAGCCUCUGGGCCAAUGGCCUUAGCAAGAUCCCGGAGGGGCCAGCCUCCUGGCUCCUACUUGUAGCUGGAUGAAAUAGCACCAGACACAUAGGGUGGCUUCUCCGUAUGGUUUUUGGGCAGGCAGGGUUGGUGGUGCCUAUGGCAGGGACUGGAAUAAGGUGGUGGUCUGAGCCACUCUGACAAAUACUGGCCCAUUCAGGGCCCAGACUCCAGGAAGUUCCCAGAAACCAUUAAGCUGGGAGACAGGUCUUUGAUCAGAAUAGUUACAAUGAGAAUUACUGAGGUAGGUGGCCCUGCUUGGAGAGUGGAGGCUUCUUUUGUACCGUUUUGGUACUCCCAUCAGAAUUCUUGUGCAAAGCCCUAGGCAACGUGCACUUUUCUCCUGCCUUUUGUUUCUCACUCUGCUGAGGGCAGGUGAUGAGACCACAGGCAAGGAAGGAACAUUAACUCUUACUUGAGCACCCACUGGGCAUCAGCCCAUCACAUUCCCAUUCUCCUCUCAUCUUACCAGUGCUCUAGGGAAGCUCCAUUUUUACAGGUGAAUGAAUUGUGGCUUAGAGAGGUGACUUGCCUCAAGUCUCAGGGCAAGUAAAAGGCAGCACCAGGCCUCAGAAAACAGACAGGGAAGAAACCAGUCUGUAAUGUCAGACUCUGUAGAGUCUAGUCGCUCUAUAGUAUUGGGGUGGCCAAAAAGGUUGUU